AUGGAAUCCGAUGGACUAGAUGGAUUCGACUACACUCAACCUCUUCAAUAUGCUUUAUCCCAACUGACUGGAGGAUAUCCAACAGAAGACGAACAGUUCGCAAAUGUUCACUUUCCAAAACCAUCUUCUCUAUCUGCAAUGGCAGAGGAAGAUGAUGCAGAUAGACCGCCUCCAACGACGAAUGAAAUCAUCGAUGAGCUGGUUGAAAACGUGGACAAUUAUCCAAAAGUGGUACAAACAAUGAUGCAGAGAGGACUUCUCAAAAAACGACAACAAUGCCGAAAAUGCAAUAGAAUGAUGCAUUUGAGACGGAGAAAGACUUGUUAUGAGUGGCGUUGUCGUACAAGAGACAAGAAGGGAGAUUGCUCAUCAUGUUCCAUCAAGUAUGGAAGUUGGUUCGAACUCACAAAACUUUCAUUCAAAAUCAUCUUUAACUUUUUGGUCAUGCAUUGCAAAAAUUGUUCUACGGGUCACAUGGCAACUAUGUUGAAACUAUCGAGUCAUUCAGUCAACGAAAUGAGAAGAAUCGUUUACGAUUUGACGGAUAGAAUAACUGCUAAAUACGGACAAAUCGGUAAAAAUAAACAAGGAGUUUACAUGGAACUUAUCACACUUCAACCUAGAAAAGGAAGUGUCAAUGUAUACAAAGUAUUGGCAGGCCAAGAAACUGGAUCCAAUCGAUGCUUUGCAGUAGUUCUCUCAGAUUCAACAACAGCAACUUUUGAGAGAAUGAAGAAUCAAUACGUGGAUCCACAGGCACAUAUCACUAUGGUGAAGACUUUGAAUGAAAACGAUGCAAACAUUGCCACAGUCAGCGCCGUAUUUUUCGAUGAAGAAGAGUAUUAUCAUCACGAGAAAGAUCGAUUUUUCACAAAUCUUCGUCAAAAUCAUCCGGAAAAUGUGUUCUCGAAUUUUUUGACUUUACAAUGUUGGUUGAAUGAUCAAGUUGUUCGAAAAACGGAAGGAAAGAUGAUGUUGGAAAAAUGUUUUGAGGAGUUGAGAACAUAUAUAGAGUAA